UUAUGCUUAUGUUACUAAUGUUUUGCAUGGGAGCAAUUAACUUGGAGGCCCAAGUUGGGAGCCUUGCUCCUGAUGAAGUGGAAGCCUUGCUUGAAGUAGCAACACAACUGGGCAAAAAAGGCUGGAAUCGCAAUAUGACACUGUGCAAUGAUACAAUUUUACCUCCAAAGCUAGAUGCUGACAAUAAAGUUGUUUGCAACUGCUCAGUUCCUGGGGAACCGUGCCACGUUAUUGCCAUAUAUCUCAAAAGGCAAGAUCUUGACGGUACUCUCCCAAAGGCUAUCGAGAAACUUCCACACCUUAAACAUCUAAAUCUCUGGGCCAACUACCUGAGUGGCAAUAUACCACCUGAAUGGGCUAAUACCAAGCUGGAAACAUUGUCUGUCGGCGUGAAUCGGUUGACGGGAAAAAUUCCUAGCUAUCUGGGAAGGAUUACCACACUUAGUUACCUGAACAUUCAGGACAAUAUGUUUUCGGGAACUGUUCCCCCUGAGCUUGGAGGCUUGGUUAGCCUGAAGAAUCUAACUCUCAGUGCCAAUUAUCUCACUGGAGAGUUACCCCCUGCUCUCACUAAUCUUACCGGAUUGAAGGAACUAAGGCUUAGCAGCAAUAACUUCACUGGAAGAAUACCUGAUUUUAUUCAGAGCUGGAAACAACUUGAUACAUUAGAGAUCCAAGCUGGUGGUUUCACUGGACCCAUUCCUUCAAGCAUCUCUCUCUUGACUAAUCUAACUGAUCUAAAAAUAAGUAACUUACUUGGAGAUGGUUCAGAGUUUCCCCACCUAGAAUCUAUAGUAGGCAUUAAGUAUCUGCUAUUGAGCAACUGCAACUUGUCAGGAAAUUUUCCCAUAUAUUUGACCAGUAUGGCACAGCUGAAAAUUUUGGAUCUCAGUUUCAACAGAUUAAAUGGUCCUCUUCCAACAAAUUAUGAUGGCCUAAAAAGCUUGGAGAAAAUGUAUCUUACAAGGAAUAUGCUUACAGGGCCCAUCCCAGAUUGGAUCGACAAAAGAGAUACUCGCUACGAAAUCGAUCUUUCUUACAACAAUUUUACUUCGGAAGCAAAAUGUAGAGAAACACUAAAUCUGUUCAAAAGUACUUGGGGAAUGAACUAUUCGAAACCUGUUGAGUGCCUGAGAGCUUGUUCUGAAGAGCGAUAUUCAGUGCACAUAAAUUGUGGGGGACCAGAAGCCACCAUUGGAAACACCAUCUACGAAGCAGAUAAUGAGCCAGGAGGUGCAGCAAAAUAUGCGUCCAAAAGAGAGGAUUGGCAAACAAGUACCACAGGACAUAUCUGGGAUGUUCCUGCUUCCUUGGAUAACUACAUAGCACAAAACAAGUCCAUGCUCAGAAUGGACAACUCUGUAUUGUACACAAAUGCACGCCUCACUCCUUUGUCUCUCACAUACCACGUUCCCUGUCUGGUAAAUGGGAAUUACAAAAUCAAGCUGCACUUUGCAGAGAUAGUAAUCAGGGAUAAAAGAUCCUACUACAGUCUAGGAAGGCGGAUAUUUGAUGUUUAUAUUCAGGACAUUGUUGUGCUGAAGGAUUUUGAUAUAGUGAAGGCAGCGGGAGGGGUGGAUAAGGUAUACAUUCAUAAUUAUACAGCACCUGUAACCAAUGGAGCUUUAGAGAUCCGCCUUCAUUGGGCUGGGAAAGGAACCACAAGGUCUCCCACAAAAGGAAUAUAUGGUCCUCUAAUAUCAGCCAUUGAUGUGGAAUCUGACUUCAAGCCACCUGAUAAAGGCAGGAGGAAGAGAUUCAUUGUCGCUGGAGCUGUGGUUUUGCCAUUAUUCCUCAUUCUCAUAUUUCUAUCCACUCUUUGGUGGAAAGGUCAUUUGGGAGGAAGGAAAUCGAGGGAUCGAGAACUUGUUGGGUUAGAUCUGCUUACUGGUAUCUUCACCUUCAGACAAAUCAAAGCCGCAACGAAUGACUUUGAUCCAGCAAACAAACUUGGAGAAGGUGGUUUUGGCUGCGUCUACAAAGGAGUACUAUCAGAUGGCACUCGGAUUGCGGUUAAGCAGCUUUCGGCGAAAUCAAAACAGGGGAAUCGUGAGUUUGUGAACGAAAUAGGCAUGAUUUCUGCUUUGCAACACCCAAAUCUUGUUAGAUUGUAUGGAUGUUGCAUUGAGGGGAAGCAAUUGUUGCUGGUAUAUGAAUACAUGGAAAACAAUAGCCUUGCGCAUGUUUUGUUCGGGACAAAGGAAAUCAAGGCAACGAAGCUAGACUGGCGUACAAGGCAGAGGAUAUGUGUAAGUAUAGCGAAAGGUCUGGUUUUCCUGCAUGAGGAGUCGACACUCAAAAUUGUUCAUAGAGACAUAAAAGGUACCAAUAUCCUUCUUGACAAGGACAUGAACGCCAAGAUAUCUGAUUUUGGAAUGGCCAAGCUUGAUGACGAGGACAACACCCACAUCGACACCAGAGUUGCUGGAACAAUGGGAUACAUGGCACCGGAAUAUGCAUUAUAUGGUUACUUAACUUACAAGGCAGAUGUAUACAGCUUUGGUGUUGUAGCAUUGGAAAUUGUUUCUGGGAUGAACAACGUCAAAUUUAGGAGGGAUGAAAACUUUGUAUGCCUUCUGGAUAGGGCUCUAUAUUUACAAAAAAAUGGGGACAUAAUGGAGAUGGUUGAUCCAAGAUUGGGGUCUGAAUUCAACAAGAAAGAAGUGGUUAGAAUGAUCAAUGUAGCCCUGCUAUGCACAAAUCAAUCUCCAGCACUCAGACCUACAAUGUCUACAGUAGUGAGCAUGCUUGAAGGAAAAACUGAUGUCGAGGAACUCGUCAUGGUUCCAAGCACAUUGGGUGAUCCAUCAGGGUAUGCUACGGCCUUAUAUAAAAAGUUUGCUCAAUCUUCUGUCAAUGGAAGUUUAAGGGAAUCUCAGUCCCUCGUGAAGUCAUCAGAGGGACCAUGGACUGCUUCUUCCUCUUCAUCAGCGCAGGAUCUUUAUCCAUUUAGUAAAAGCUGAUGCCACGAACCACAAAUUUUUUAUCAUGAAUAAGAAACAGAUUGAAACUAAACAGUCACAAAAUUACACUACUGCUAUUAUCUUUUAUUAGCAAUUCAUGUUUCCUGGUAUAUAUCCUAUAGUUAAUGGAGUGAUUAUAUGUAAUAUUUACUUUGUUUAUGCAAAAAUAUUUUUUUUAUUUAUAAUAAUAAUUAUUUAA